UCACUAUUACUCUGACUCUGGUAACGUGACUUCCUGGUAACGUGUUAGGUAGGAAAAGCAGUAAAAAAGUGCAUAUUAAGGGAGCAGAUUUGAAAUAAUAUUUAUACUUAACAAGAAAUAAUUAAAGGUUCAAUGGGGAGACCUAAAGAUUUACGCAUAUGGGAGCACUACCGUACUUUACCAAACAAGUCUGUUUCUUGCAAGCUUUGUAAUAAGGUCUACAAAUUCAGUAAUGCUGCCAAAAUGCUUCAACAUCUUAUCACUUGUCCAAAAUCUCCAGAAACAUUAAAAGACUCUAUGAAACUUAUAAAAGAUAGCUCGUCCAAAACCAAAAUGUCUGGACUGUCAGAGAUAGAGACAAAUGAUUCUUUUAUAAGCCCCUCGUCGUCUGCUAACACUACAAUAAAUGCUGAGUUUCAAGACACCGAUGAUCAUAUAAAAACAGAAUUAGCGAGAGCUAUAUUUGUAACAGGGACGCCAUUAUCGAUGGUGCAACAUCCUUUAUGGAUACAAUUUUUCGAAAAAUUGCAACCAAAAUUUAAAAUACCUUCACGUAAAGCUUUAGCGACAAAAUACUUAGAUAAAAUAUAUAGAGAAAUGCGUUUUGAGUUAAAUGAGGAACUAAAUGCUUGUAGUUACUUACACCUUCAGUGCGAUGGCUGGUCUAAUUUAAGAAAUGAAGGAAUAAUAAACUUUCUUAUAUCAAAACCUCAACCUGCAUACGUUAAAAGUUUGAAUACAGAAAGUAAUCCUCACACUAGUGAAUACCUUAGCCAAGAAGUUGAAAAAGUAAUGAAAGUGUAUGGAGCAAAUAAGUUUCUUGUACUUAUUGGCGAUAACGCUAGAAAUAUACAAAAGGCAUUCGAAUUAACAAAACUCAAAUAUCCACAUGUUGUUCCUCUCGGUUGCUGUGCACAUAUCCUUAACUUGUUGUGCCAAGAUAUUGUAAAGAUACAAGAAGUAACUGUGUUUAUUAUGCAAGCCAUAAAUAUAAUAAAAACUGUUAAAAGGAGUCAACGAUUAAGUUCCUUGUUGAUAAAAUCAAGGCAGGGUGAAGAUUCUACACAAACACUAAAAUUGCCUUGUGCUACAAGAUGGGGAAGUCAUGUUACUUCGUUAAAAAGUUUGAAAGCAAAUAAGAUAGCUUUGCAAAUAUUAACAGUUAGAGAAGAUGUGGUAAUUUCAAGAGAUAUUAAAGAUUUAAUUCUAAGUGAUGAUUUCUGGACGAAGACAGGGGAAUGUAUAAGUAUUUUGGAACCAGUCACUGAAAGCAUAUUUUACUUAGAGAGCGACCAGAAUCGUUUGCAUCGCACAUACAUUACAUUUAGAGAUGUACAAGCUAAGAUACGUUUUGCAUUAAAUGAGAUUUCGACAUUGAGCGAAGAAAGCAAACAGCAGAUUCUAACAUCAGUAUCUUCAAGAUGCAAUAUGGCAAUGAGGCCAAUACAUUUUGCAGCAUAUAUUCUAGACCCCAGGACUCUAGGAGUCGAACUUACUCAAGAGGAAGAACUUAAGGGUAUGGAGUUUAUCUACAAUUUAAGCCAACACUUAAGUUUGUCAAAUGUAAUGGCAGAUUUGGCGUGUUAUAAAGCUAAAGAAAACUUUUGGGCCAGAGGAUUUGUAUGGAGCUCAUUAGAUAGCAUUGAGCCCCUAAUAUGGUGGAAAGGUAUUUGUGGUUCCACUGAGUUAAGCAAAGUAGCGAUUCGUAUUCUAUCAGCUCCCUGUACUUCGGCAGCCACUGAGCGUUCCUUUAGUAUCCAAGGCUACAUACAUAAUAACAAAAGAAAUCGACUUACAACUGAAAGAACUGAAAAAAUUUCAUUCAUUUGUUAUAACUGGAAUCUUAAACAUAAAGCUGAAUGCGAGGACAUUCAGUUUAAUGAAGAAAAUACCUUAGAAGCUUUCAUUGAGCAAGUAAAUGAACAUAACAGUUUAGACGAAAUAGAGCCUAUCGAACCUAUACAAUUCAUCGCUUGUAAUAACUCUGAAUCUGACAGUGAUUGACUGUAGUUUUACAUUUUACUUUCAUCUCUUUCUUAAUAAACUCAAAAUCAAAUUAAAAGUUUUUUAUUCUGUAGGCUGCAUAAUAAUAUUGUCUAUGUCCAGUAUAGUGGACGUCUUGCGGCUGAGAUGACGAUGAUGAAGUACAAAAUCAUAAACACCCAAAAAUUUGGGUGUUUAUGGGGUUUAAACCCAAUAAACCCAAAACACCCGGUUUUUACCCACCAGACUUUAAACCCACCCAGGUGGAUUGCCCAUCUCUACUC